AUGGUCAACCAAGAGGCCAACCAGAUGCGGUUGAUGACACAAUCAGUCGACCACGAAACAUUGCGCCACACGGAGAUGGUUGCUAGCGCACAACGGCAACGUUUGUCUUCAAAGCCGUCUCUUCCGAAGGCCAAGCAGCCCUCGAAGGAAGUUGAUUUCGAUGUCGACAAGCUUCUGUGGGCCAGCGUUUCCGACAUUAAGCGCCACUUCACAAUUGUUAACAAGAUGGUACAAUUCAUUACUUCCCUUGGCACUUGGCACAGUGCUGGCGUGCCGCGACCUGCAGGAGAUCCGCUAUUAUUUGCCACCAAUGGCAGUGAUGAUUUGAAUGUGAUGAUUGCUUGGACCUAUGCCCAACUAUCACCCCCAUCAAGAGACUUUGUUUCGUCCGUUCGACCUUUACGAUUCCGGUCACUUUCGGAACGCCCUGAGUGGUAUGGAGACUCAGUUGCUUAG